UACUGUCAUAGCGCGUCCAGACCGACGAGCGCCGAACCCGGUUCAGAUGGGACGGCUGUGGUGACGAUUCAAACAAUAAAAAAUAUAAAGAUAACACAGACUGAAAAUAAACAUUUAGCGGAGAAUAUAUUCUGACUGCUCUAAACUGCCAAACAUAAUUCAUACCACGUAGACAGACAGUAUUACGCAAAGUGAGAAUCGGGAAGCCGAGCAGCCAUUCGCAACUGACAGGCAUCACUGAGCAGCAUCACCUUGGUCGACUAGUUUAUCGCGGAUACACGCAAGCAGCUGGGACAUGUCGGACUCUGCGGCAGACGCCAAGUUGGAAGUGAAGCAGGCAAGCAAAGAAGUGAAAGAGAGCGAGAAUGUCGCCGAGAGAUACUCGGCGAUGACCGUGAGCAAGAACACCGACGCGACCGUGGGUGACCUGUCCUCCGCCUUCGCGCCUGUCACGACGCACAAAGCCGUCAAGAAGCAGAUCCAGUUCGUAACUUCAGAGGAUAAGCAGGAAUUCAGCAAGUUUCCCACCAAGGCAGGACGACGCUCCCUUUCCCGAUCGAUCUCUCAGUCGUCAACAGACAGCUACAGCUCAGCGGCCUCCUACACGGACAGCUCAGACGAUGAAACAUCACCCCGGGACAAACCGCAGGUCAACUCCAAGGGCAGCAGUGACUUCUGUGUGAAGAACGUCAAGCAGGCAGAGUUCGGCCGGCGUGAGAUCGAGAUCGCGGAGCAAGACAUGUCUGCCCUGAUCUCCCUCAGGAAGAGAGCACAGGGAGAGAAGCCACUGGCCGGGGCUAAAAUCGUGGGCUGCACCCACAUCACUGCCCAGACGGCGGUCUUGAUCGAGACACUGGUAGCUCUGGGAGCUCAGUGCCGCUGGACUGCCUGCAACAUCUACUCCACACAGAAUGAGGUGGCAGCUGCCCUGUCUGAGGCAGGCGUGGCUGUGUUUGCGUGGAAGGGUGAGUCCGAAGCAGACUUCUGGUGGUGUAUCGACCGCUGCGUGGGCACAGAAGACUGGCAGCCCAAUAUGAUCCUGGAUGAUGGAGGAGACCUCACCCACUGGGUGUACAAGAAAUACCCAAAUGUCUUCAGGAAGAUCCGGGGCAUUGUGGAGGAGAGUGUCACUGGCGUUCACAGGUUGUACCAGCUGUCCAAGGCCGGGAAGCUGUGCGUUCCUGCCAUGAACGUGAACGACUCGGUGACCAAGCAGAAGUUUGACAACCUUUACUGCUGCAGGGAGUCUAUUCUGGAUGGAUUAAAAAGGACCACUGAUGUGAUGUUUGGUGGAAAACAGGUGGUAGUUUGCGGUUAUGGAGAGGUGGGGAAGGGCUGCUGUACGGCUCUGAAGGCCUUGGGCGCCAUAGUCUGUAUCACAGAGAUCGACCCUAUAUGUGCCCUGCAGGCCUGCAUGGAUGGUUACCGAGUUGUCAAGCUGAACGAGGUCAUUCGUCAGGUGGACAUGAUCAUUACUUGCACAGGGAACAAAAAUGUGGUGACCAGGGACCAACUUGACCGCAUGAGGAACGGCUGUAUUGUGUGCAACAUGGGUCACUCCAACACAGAGAUUGAUGUGGUCAGCCUGAGGACUCCAGAGCUCACCUGGGAGAGGGUUCGCUCCCAGGUAGACCACGUCAUCUGGCCUGAUGGCAAGAGGGUGGUCCUGCUGGCAGAGGGCCGGCUUCUGAACCUAAGCUGCUCUACGGUUCCCACAUUUGUUCUGUCGAUCACCGCGACAACGCAGGCAUUGGCCCUGAUUGAGCUGUACAAUGCACCAGAGGGUCGUUAUAAACAGGAUGUCUACCUGCUGCCCAAGAAAAUGGAUGAAUAUGUUGCCAGCUUACACCUGCCCACCUUCGAUGCCCACCUCACUGAACUUUCCGACGAGCAGGCCAAGUACUUGGGACUCAAUAAGAAUGGACCCUUUAAGCCCAACUACUACAGAUAUUAAUGUGCUUGGAUUCCACCCUCGUGAAAACAAAGCUCGGAACCUCUGGAAGAAGACCACAUGUUGUCAUGAUAGGAGAGAAAGAUAAUAUCAUCACAAUGAUUGUUGAGCUGUUUCACUUUCGCUUUUUUGUAAAAUUCAGCAAAGCACCUACCAUUAAUCUAGGGUACCAAAAACAAGCUGCAUGCCCCAAGAUACACAGCUGUGUAAAUAUAUCUGUAGAAUUACUAUGGGGAAUUCAAGCAUCACACAUACACAAAGAAAGUAAUCAAGAAUGAUCUCUUUUUAACAAUUUCACAUUUUUUAUCCCAGUUAUAAUUUCUUUAAAUAUUUUAAAUGCAUUGUAAGAUGAAGUUUAAUAUCAGUGUGAAAUGGUGUCAAAUGAGGAUUAGAGUUGCAGGGAGGAAAUGACUAGGCUAACCCUGUAUUCCAGUUAGUGCAGAUUUUGUUCAAACCAUAUUUCUGGCGUGCCUUUUUAUCUUUUUGUCCUUGUACUGCAUUUUAAGCCACUGAAUGAAAGCCAUUGAAAAUGAGCCUCAUUAUAAUGGCCAGCUGUCUUCUGUCCUUAUCUGCCAUGAACCAAUUUUUAAAUCGUGUAAUAAGAUCUCAUUGUAGGUCACUUGCCAAUAAAGGUUUACAAAUCGCAGACUUUUCUCAAGAACAA